AUGACUAGCGAUCCCUUUUUGAAGCCUGCUCUCCGAACCCUUGGCGUCUUUAGCCAACCACCCUAUUCGAGUGAUCCCUAUGUGGAUCCUGAUCCAUAUGAGUACAAGAGUAGACUAAAUAAAGGUCUGCGACCUAUGUACUGUGCAGGUGGCCAUUCGAAAUCUAGAGCUGCGAACUCUGACGGCUAUUUUGAGUCCUUUAAGCGAGUAUUUGAGGGCGAAGCGUUUACCGACGAAGUUGCUCUUCACCGUUCCGCACGACGCUUAAGUGAGGCAAAGCGCCUCGGAAAAGAGUGGAUACCUUCCUCAUCAAGCAAGAAGCGUUGUGGAGUGGGUAGUACAUAUGGUAACUUUACUGUUCGCAUUCCAGCUAUGGGGACAGAGAAGACAGAAAUUACGAGGCCACCAGAACUGCAUAACUUCUAUACAAACCCAGGGAAAAAGGGGACGGGAUACGGGUACCCUAAUGUAGCAAUCAAUCCACUUCCUGAAUGGAAACCUGGGGAUGGAAUCAACUCGGAUUUAAAUUCAGUGUCAGUAAAGGAGUUGAACGAGAGACAUCAAGAGAAGUGUUUAGGAAGAGGCAUAUUUGUGAGUCAGCAACCGAGUGGUAGAGCCUUUGGUCCUAACCCAUACGAAGGUGGAGACCCCUUAGCUCCUGGAGGACCACCUUUACAAAAAUUCGGGGUCGCCUGUUUCCCCAAGGACUUAAUAAUUGGACCUAUUUUCUACCCGCAGAAUCCAGGCAAACUGGAUGGUGGGUGCAAGGCAGGAACAUUGAAUAAGUGGCCAGAGCAUGUGAGCGAGCCAUACAAGGAGAUGGCAAAGGUCAUGCUGGAGCAGUCCAUUAUCAAACCGCUGGAGAAGGGAGCUAGAGUGUGGAUGCCAACGUCUGGAACAGCGAUUGAGAAGCCUUCCAUGUCGGUGGUGAAUAAAAAUGUUGACCUUGCAAUUAAUGCAGUCUCAAGGAAAAAGAAGAGUUUUGUCACUCCAUUUUGUGAGAAAUAA